AUGGUUCAGAAAGUUUCAGCUAUCACUUCAGUACUAUCGCUGUCGGCAUCGUCAGCGAGCAGUGAUAUCGUCCCGCUGAGUUCUCCCAGAUCACAACCGACACCAUUUUUAACCUUCAAUACUCAUCAAGCACCCGGACAGAAUCUUUUGUCAAUACCUCAGCAGGUUGACUCGCUAUCAUCGAGUAAUUAUGCGAAAGUAGCUGCUUCGGGAGAAGUUUCAGAUCUCACUCGCUCUCCAUCCUCUCAUGUCGCUCGAGUUGCCGAAGUCUCAAAAGGUUCUGGUCCCGGUGACGAAGGUUUGAGGAGAUCAUCAAGAUCGUACACAGACUCAAAAAUCAUCACCGCGUACACCGCAACCGAGCAAAUGAAUCCUAUUUGA